AUGAUAUCUUAUCUUGUAGAAAUCCCUUUUAAGCUACUCUUAUAUUUAGCUUUGAACUCGCAAUGAAAUUUACUUAAAAACAUAGAUACAGAUGAACUAAUUCAAGGAGAAUGCUAUCGAAAUUUUCAAUCAAAUCUCGAGUUAUUCUCCAGCCCAAGAGUUCUAUGAGAUGAUGACCGAUUUAGAAUUAAACAGAGAAUAUAG